CGGGAAUACUUUCUGAUAGGAAUCUACCAGCACCCGACUUCCAGCUCGUUUGCGCACCCAUUGAACAACUUGAACCUAUUUUUCCUGUGCAGUUGAGCUGAUUGCUCACCGUACGUAUGAUCGUCCGGAAGCUCGGUUUGGCCUUACCUAAAUUAUUUAAACAUGUAUGUGGCAACGGUUACACUUUAAUAUACCUUAUAGGUGCAGCCAGUCAGAGGCCUCAAGAUCCACGAAUAUACCGCCAUGGAACUUCUACAAAAAUACGACAUUCCGGUUCCAAAGUUCAUCGUCGCACGAAGCUUAUCAGAAGUGGAGGCUGCCUGCAAACAACUAGCGGAAACCACACCUAGCACAGAUGUCGUUGUCAAGGCCCAAGUUUUGGCUGGUGGUCGGGGAAAAGGACUUUGGGAUAGUGGUCUGAAAGGUGGAGUGAAAAUCGUCUUCACAGUCAACGAAGCAGUAAAUCUUGCCAAAAGAAUGCUCGGCCACCGAAUCUACACCGCACAGACUGGAGAGACUGGCCAAGUUUGCAACACUCUACUUGUGUGUGAACGAAAGUAUUCGCGACGAGAGCAUUACUUUGCCAUCGUUCUGGAUCGUGAACAGGGUUGUCCCGUGAUGAUUGGUUGUGAACAGGGUGGGGUAAAUAUCGAGGAGGUGGCUCGCGAUCAGCCAGAAGCCUUGACCAAAAUUCCAGUUGAUAUCACCAAAGGUUUGCCCCCUGAAGAUGCUUUGCGUAUCGCCAAGAGCUUGAAUUUCACCACAGAUACCCUAGUUGAGAAAGCCGCGGUCUAUAUAGAACGGUUGUACAAUCUUUUUGUCUCCACGGACUGUACACUGCUCGAGAUCAACCCGAUUGCCCAGGAUAUCCACGAUGAAAUCUUGUGCAUGGAUUGCAAAAUGAACUUUGACGAUAACGCUGCCUUUCGACAAAAGGAGAUCUUCGAUCAACGCGACUGGACCCAGGAAGACGAGCGGGAUGUCCGGGCUGCACAAGCCAACCUCAACUACAUCGGUUUGGAUGGAACUAUUGGAUGUCUGGUCAAUGGGGCCGGUUUGGCUAUGGCCACGAUGGAUUUGAUCCAACUUCAUGGGGGCAGCCCAGCCAAUUUCUUGGACGUCGGUGGAGGAGCGAGCGCCAGUCAAGUCACAGAGGCCUUCCGGCUGAUCACCUCCGACCCAAAAGUGCAUGCCAUCUUGGUGAACAUCUUCGGCGGAAUUAUGCGGUGCGACGUUAUCGCUCAGGGCAUUGUGGCAGCAGCUACUGAGCUCAACAUCAAAGUUCCAAUUGCUGUCAAGCUUGCAGACAUUGUACAACUGGCUCGGCAGGCUGCAGUGGACGUCACCUUUGAGUUACCCUUAUAGAUUGAACGACAGUGUCUUUCUCACCUCAGAGACCCUACCUGAGCUUCCAUGUCCUAGAGUUUCUCAGAUGCUCAUGUGCCCACUAUUAACUUGCUUAUUUGCCUACUCAGGCCCUCACGCGGGCACACACACAAACAUGUGUACACUGCUUUCACCGGAUUCUUUGCAGAACAAAAAAUUUCAAUUUACUCUUAGUGCUCUCUGUAUUUAGCGCUGUGCUGUGCUGAAAUCUGUUGAUACUAAUUAUUUUUAACCUUUUUCUCUCCUGUCUGUCUUUUUCUGCACUAUUCUACACGACCAGAGGUUUCCGAGAUGAGAUGAGAUGUCCCGUGCCAUCAAAACGAUAUCCACUUAAUUGUUUCCAUCCAAUACUCGCACCUCUGGCUGGCUCUUCUGUUUGUGCCUCUCGUAUUGUAAGACCAUCAGGUUAAUUAGCGUGGUUUUUGAAGGGCGCACAGUGACUUCUCUGUUUCUUCUCCCCUGACGGCAACACAAAG